AGCCCCCCACCUGAAGUUAUUUCCGCUGGCUCUAAUUCUCCAAUUAUGACUGUUGGAGGAGAUUCUGCACAUCUUAUUACACGGUCUUCUACAGCUCAAGCUGAACAGCUUGUGACUACAGCCUCAGGAUCGAGUCCUGGAGCAUAUCAACAUGGAACAUCUUCAAGCAAUAGAUCUCCUGCCCACACCUCCCCCAAUAGUCAAGAUAGAGCUGGACCUUCAGAUUUCCAGACAUUUUCAGAUUCUCUGAAAUCCCGGCUUAGUGCUUUUUCAACAAGAUACAAAGAGUCCAUAACAAAGAGCACAAGAGGUUGGAAGGAGAGACUAUUUGCUCGCAACAGUUCUACACCUGAACCCAACAGUGAAGUUCGUGAAGCUGACCAGAGGAAUGCUAAUGGUCCUGGAAUUGCUACUAUAUCACGAAUGAUGGAUCAUCUUCAAAUAGCAGAACAUGAUAGAACCAACACAUCUACUACCUCACGUACUGUAGAAGAUACCAGGUCCCCAGAUCCUAGUGCACGACAGGUCUUUGUGAUGGGAAGCAACCUUUCUUUGAAUGAGGAUGAGACACAAGCUCCGACUACUGCUAGUCCUGCAUCAACCUAAGUGUUGAUUCUGCUAUCUCAUCAAGCUCAUGGUGCUUCUUUUGCUCAGUGAAGCACAAAAGUUUCCAAGAGGAUGCUGCUACAAUGACGUCGGAGCGCAUGUCGCGGGGCUAAUGGUAAUGCUAAAUCCAUCAUUUAUACCGAAAUCUAGACAGUUUAGUGCAAAUUUGCAAUAAAGGAUCUUGAAACCGAUGUAUAAACAAAAUAUAGAGCUGUAAAUUUUGGCCUGUAAUCCCCUAUAGUUUAUGUAUGUUUGUUGAACUCGUGCAAACAAAUAUGUAAACCAUCCAUUGGAAUGAGCAGCAAACUAUCCAAACCAUCCAUUGGAAUGAGCAGCAAACUAUCCAACUUUUGGUUAUAUUAAA